AUGAUGACCGUGCCAAUGUUACGCCCCGUGGACCUCACAGUAGUUAAACUCUUCGCCACAAACCCACUGAAUCAUUACAACAGCCGCAGCAGAAACUCGUUGACCAGAAUUCAGCCGAACCUCAGGCUCACAAUUAUCGCGGCAGAUGGGUUAUACAAGCGCGAUGUCUUCCGAUUUCCAGAUCCGUUCGCCGUGGCCACAGUUGGUGGGGAGCAAACCCAAACGACGUCGGUGAUCAAGAAGACAUUGAACCCGUAUUGGAAUGAGAUGUUUGAUCUGCGGGUCAAUGAAGAGAGUAUCCUUGCGAUUCAAAUCUUUGAUCAGAAGAAAUUUAAGAAGAAGGAUCAGGGGUUUCUCGGCGUGAUUAAUGUGCGGAUCGGAGAUGUGAUCGAUCUUGAGAUGGGUGGUGAUGAAAUGCUUACUAGGGAUCUGAAAAAGUCAAACGACAACCUUGUCGUGCACGGGAAGCUUAUCAUCAAUUUGUCUACGAAUCUGAGCACACCGAAUACCAACCAGGCGAACGGGCUGCAUCGAUCGCAUAUUCAGCCGUCGACAUCAAGUGGGCUCGUCCCGCAGGUUGGCGCGUCAGCCGCGCAUCCCGCCGCGAGCCCAGCUCCUAUCGAUCCGGCCGCCUCGAACCCGUCUCUGCACCCCCAGCGUGUUCCUUCGACCAACCGGCCGCCCAGCACCGUAGCGCCUGGUGCCGCCGCUGGUGCUACUCCCACUAACACGCAGGGCUCUCGCACCAAUCUGAGUUCGUUCGAAGACAGUCAGGGUCGACUGCCAGCCGGAUGGGAACGACGGGAGGACAACCUGGGACGAACCUACUAUGUGGAUCACAACACACGGACGACCACCUGGACGAGGCCAUCGUCGAAUUACAAUGAGCAAACGCAACGCACUCAACGUGAGGCCAACAUGCAGCUGGAACGGAGAGCCCACCAAAGUCGAAUGCUACCGGAAGAUCGCACUGGCGCUAAUUCACCCAAUCUUCCCGAAACCUCACAGCAGGCUCCUACCCCGCCGGCCGGUGGUAGUGCCAAUGCUGUGUCGAUGAUGGCGACGGGAGCCACCACUGCAGGCACUGGCGAGCUUCCUCCGGGGUGGGAGCAGCGCACAACCCCCGAGGGACGACCGUACUUUGUCGACCACAACACGCGCACCACGACCUGGGUGGAUCCCCGGCGGCAGCAGUACAUCCGGAUGUACGGUCAGAACGCCAAUGGCACAAAUACCACGAUCCAACAGCAGCCGGUAUCUCAGCUGGGACCUUUGCCCAGUGGCUGGGAGAUGCGCUUGACCAACACGGCGCGGGUGUACUUUGUGGACCACAACACCAAGACGACCACAUGGGACGAUCCCCGCCUGCCGUCGUCGUUGGAUCAGGGCGUGCCUCAGUACAAGCGUGACUUCAGGCGGAAGCUGAUCUACUUCCGGUCUCAACCCGCUCUGCGGAUCAUGUCCGGACAGUGCCACGUCAAGGUUCGCCGGAACAAUAUCUUCGAGGACUCGUACGCUGAGAUCAUGCGGCAGAGUGCUUCGGAUCUGAAGAAGCGCUUGAUGAUUAAGUUUGAUGGCGAAGACGGUCUCGACUACGGUGGUCUGUCUCGUGAAUUCUUCUUCCUUCUUUCCCACGAAAUGUUUAAUCCUUUCUAUUGUCUAUUCGAAUACUCCGCGCACGAUAAUUACACCCUUCAGAUUAAUCCCCAUUCCGGCGUGAACCCCGAGCAUCUCAACUAUUUCAAGUUCAUUGGCCGAGUGGUCGGCCUUGCCAUUUUCCACCGUCGUUUCCUUGAUUCUUUCUUCAUCGGGGCAUUCUACAAAAUGAUGCUUCGGAAGAAGGUCUCUCUGCAAGAUAUGGAGGGUGUGGAUGAAGAUUUGCAUCGCAAUCUUACUUGGACUCUGGACAAUGAUAUCGAGGGCGUCUUGGAACUUACUUUUGCCGUUGAUGACGAGAAGUUCGGCGAGCGUCGUACUAUCGAUUUGAAGCCUGGUGGUCGGGAUAUCCCUGUCACCAACGAGAACAAGGGAGAAUACGUCGAACUGGUCACCGAAUGGAAGAUUGUCAAGCGUGUCGAGGAACAGUUCAACGCCUUCAUGUCCGGCUUCAAUGAGCUAAUUCCCGCGGAUCUGGUCAACGUGUUUGACGAGCGCGAACUGGAGCUGCUGAUUGGAGGUAUUGCGGAUAUUGAUGUGGACGACUGGAAGAAACACACCGACUACCGCGGCUACCAAGAGUCGGACGACGUCAUUCAGAACUUCUGGAAGGUCGUUCGCACCUGGGAUGCUGAGCAGAAGUCGCGUCUCCUCCAAUUCACCACUGGUACCUCUCGUAUCCCCGUCAACGGAUUCAAGGAUCUUCAAGGCUCCGAUGGACCGAGACGGUUUACCAUCGAGAAAUCCGGUGAUCCCGUGGCAUUGCCCAAAUCUCACACAUGCUUCAACCGUCUGGAUCUCCCUCCGUACAAGACAUACGAAACGCUUGAACACAAGAUGUCCAUUGCCGUGGAGGAAACAUUAGGUUUUGGACAAGAAUAG